AGUCCUUACUCUGACACACUGCUACAGGUGUGGCUCCCUUUUCCAAUAAAGACACAAACAGGGAGUACACCUAGAAGGAUCUUCAAGAGACAACCAUUCAACCUUUUAAGUGCUCACUGGAUUGUAUGAACCAUCUAAAGACCAGGGGAAUUGACAUGGGAUAUCAUACAACACUUGACUGCUGAGGAACUCCACAAGUUAAAAAGGAGUAUUCUUGGAAAACCAGUUCAAGUCACCAGAGGAAACCAGAACAAAUGGUGACAGCAAAGCUUCAUGUUCAGAUCAGUCUCAGAGCCUCAAUACCCAGUCUGAGAUCUAAGACAUUGACAGUCACAGACCCUAUCUGCCUGUGUUUCGUCCUCUCAGCCUUCUAGAACCAGCCAUCAUGAAUCUGUCUCUGGACAGCUCUUAUGGAGACGUGACCAUCCCUCGGGCCAAGCUACGUUCUACAGAGGACAGCACAAUCAUCAUUAACCCCAUGGCCCUGGAAAGUACCCACAGCAACCGCAACUCCUCCCUCAACCCGUACGGCGCCUUCAAACCCAGCGGGGAGUCGCUAGCCCCGUCAGAAGUAACCAAGGAUGGGGACGGUGAUGGUGGCGCCUCAAACCCCCAUCGCUACAACGCCAAGACCUCCUACACAGUGAUGGAGGACACUGAAGAGGAGGUGGGACGCUCUCGGGCCUGCUGCCUGCGCUGCCGACGGAAGUGAACUGGCAACCUCCACCCAGAUCAGGAAACAGUCAAACAACGCCCGGCUGCAAAGGAUUCUGGGUAUAUGAACUAAGACAAUCAAGGGACACUGUCGGAAGACACUGUCCAAUCUGGUGUUACCAGCUGGUUUAAAAGCCAAAGCCAUCACUGGUGAAACGUGUAGGUUUUUAAGGAUUCAUUAGUGAUAUCAUUUAUAUUUAAUGCAAUUUCCAAAGGGAUUCUUCUCGGGAUUCGAUGCAAGAUGCGCUCACAGCCACUAUGGCAGAAUCUGCCUUUGAAACAGAAGUUUUACAUAAGCCUUUCACUUACGACUUUGUAUGCUUGCUUUUUUUCUUACAUUUGAGUCAUUUAGCAGACGCUCUUAUCCAGAGCGACUUACAGUUAGUGAGUGCAUACAUUUUCAUACAUUCUUCUAGUCGACAACACUGUGCUAUAUUUAGCUAUGGAUUUUUUUGUUAAAUAUUUAUACCCUGAUGUCUUUAUGCCUUAUCUGUCUGUGUUUGAAUGACGUCAAAAAGGCCACUCUUGGGUGGAUGAUGCAAUUAGCCAGUGUUCAGGGAGUGGUAUAGAGUAGGACAACUGAUACAGUACACAAAUGUCAAGGAAUUAGUAUGCAACAACCUUUAACUUCCUCUAUCAAACCAACCCGUCACAAAGAUGACAUGCUAGGCCUUUGCUAUGGCCGGGACAGACUUGACCGCACCAGUGAGUUGGAACUAGAGGAGGGGCAGCUAGCUCAGAGGCUGGGUUAGUUUCUAUGGGCUGAGUCCAGUCUUCCCAACCCAGAUCACACCACAACACACCACUCUGUCCUGCUGAUCCAUCUGCUGGGUUGGUCGCUCUGCUGCUGAUGGUUUACAAUGCUGCCUUUGUGCGACUGGGUCCCAGGAAACCAGGCCCCCGCAGCCCCAGCCCCAGCCCCAACCAUUCUGCUCUGUGUAUGUGGUAGACAGUACCUCACUGUCCCCCCUGGCCAAAAAGAGUUGAAAGCGAGGCCUGACUGGAUGAGAUUGAAAUGCAAUAUGGCCAUGCUCAUGCCGUCUUGUUUGUAUGAGUUACACAAAACCACUGUAUGUCCAUAGUUUAUGCUUGUGAAACUAUUACUGAAAUUCAACUCUGCAUCGUUUGUUUUUAGAAAUUAGAUUACAUUUUUAGCAAACUUGUACAGCAUAUUAGGGUCACCUCAUGAACUGGUUCCAUGUAUGAAAGCCCCUCUUAGUUCAAGACCCUAAUCCCCCAACAGGAUUACAUGAGGUGCAUGAGUUCGAACUUCACUGCAUGAACUGUUCUUUUUUCUCCAGUCAGCAGUGGACUACAACUACUCAGCAAAGCUCACAUACUGUAACUAGGACUGAGUUAAAGGAAUGUAUAACAAAGAUCGACACUAUGUAUGAUUGAUUUUUGUAAUGAUAAAGUGGAAUAAAAUGUUAAAAUAAAGAAUGUACGAAUGAUAAUUGGGACUGUGGUAUUAACUAUACUGAACAAAAAUAUAAACGCAACAUGUAAAGUGUUGGUCCCAUGUUUCAUGAGCUGAAAUAAAAUA